AACCGUUCGGGCGCCGGGGCUCGAGCAACCGGCGCGCCUACAAAUAUUGGCGUUCGGACGACGCACGCAUAAGCCAAGCGGCCACAGGGCACGCACCUCCACCGGACGCCGUCGUCGCGGCUGCCCCCUGCGGCUUCCCUGCAAAACGAAGGCAAACGAUGGUCCGCCCAGAUCGAGACGAGCACGCCUGGGAGCGGCUCUGCGCAAGAAAGCGAGACGAGAUCGAGCGGGACACGCGGCUCCUCUCUACACAACAGCAGCAGCGCUGCGAGCGCGCCGAGCGCCUCUACGCGGAACUGGAAAGCGCGCACGCCCACACAGUAACGGAGGAAAACGACGUUUGCGAGGACGGCGUGCUCGACCUGCGGGGCAAAGAACUGAAAGUAUUCACGGUACCAGCGGCCGUGGAAAGGACCCUCGCAACACGGACCAUCCACACCCUUGUGCUGAGAAACAACCGCCUGCAGCACCUCGACGCGCGGACGCUCGCGCCACUCAUCGCGCUGGUCAAGCUCGACGUCUCCAGAAAUGAGCUCGAGCGCCUCGGCCCGACGGGCGCCGUUACCAUACCAGGCGACCACGCGAAGGUGCUCGCCGCUCACCCGGGCGCGCGCGCGGCUGGUGUGAAGGGGGGCUUCCCGCCGCGCCUCGAGGUGCUGCUCGCGGCCUUCAACCGCGUGCAAAAACUCAGUCUGGGCGCGGCGGGCGCGCCGUGCCUCAAGCGGCUGGUCGUGGCGCACAACGUCGUGCGCUUCGUCGCUCCCGACAUCGCCAAGGCGCCGAACCUCGAGGAGCUCGAUCUGCGGGGCAACCGCCUCGCGGCGGACCAGUUUGUGUCGGUGUCGAAAUCGCGCCUGCUCGACGGCGCGGAGCUUCUACGCCGUCGACGCGACGUUGUGUCCACGCAGGUUGAAGCACCUCGCGCCGCUGAAAAAGCUCGCGAAGGUCAAGGUCGGCCGCAACCCGCUCUGCGCCGACCGGCGCCACGGCCACGCCGUGCCCUCGCACGUGCGCAACGCGCUCUCGACGACGAAGGCGCCGCCCGCCGCGCCGCGGCGGGCCUGGGCGGCGCCCGCCGCCGCCGCGGCGCGCCGCCGCGGCGACGCGAGCGGCGCGCGGCCGGCGCCGGCGCCCGCGCCGCCCUCGCUGCUGCCGCGCGACGCGACGCCGGCGUCGGCCUUCGCGGCGUCGGCCUUCGGCGCGUCGGCCUUCGGCGCGCCCGCGGCCCCCGCGGCGCGCGCGCCCGCGCCCGCGCCCGCGGCGGCGGACCCGUUCUCGUCCGCGGCGUCGGCCUUCGGCGCGCCGGUGGACCCGGCCGCGUCGGCCUUCGGCGCGCCGACGCCGCCGGCCGCGUCAUCCGCGUUCGGCGCGCCGACGCCGCCGGCCGCCGCGGACCCCUUCGCCGCGACCGCGUCGUCCUUCGGCGCGGCGGACCCCUUCGCCGCCGCCGCGUCGACCUUCGCGGACCCCUUCGCGGCGAGCGCCUUCGCCGCGCCCGCGCCCGCGCCGGCGGCCGCCCAGUCGCUCCGCGACCGCCUCAUCGCCAAGGGCGCCGUCGACACGCUGCCCCGCAAACCGCAAACGCCCGCGUCGGAAUCGAGCGAGGAGGAGUCGUCGGACGAGUCGGGCAGCGAGUACUCCGAGGACGGGCCGGACUGGAUCGAGGGCUGGGAUCCGAACCACAAGCACGUCUACUACUUCAACCACGUCACCGAGGUGACGACGUGGGCGCGGCCGCGCGACGCCGAGGUCCGGCCCAUGUCCGCCAAGGACGCCGCGCGGCGGCGCGAGGACCUCCUUAACAAAUAGAGUUUAA